AUGGCCGGGCCAGGUUUGGGGGGCCACUCUGCUGCUGAGCGGCUACUGCUGCUACUGCUGCUGCCCCUGGCUCAGGCAGAGGGUCCUCUGAUGUUCGUGGCUGUGGUCUUCCGCCAUGGUGACCGGGCCCCGCUGGCCUCCUACCCCACGGACCCGCACAAGGAGGCCGUCUCAGACCUGUGGCCACGUGGCCUGGGCCAGCUGACCGGGGAGGGUGUCCGCCAACAGCUGGAGCUGGGCCGCUUCCUGAGGAGCCGCUACGAGCACUUCCUGAGCCCCGAGUUCCGGCGGGAAGAGGUGUAUGUCCGCAGCACCGACUUUGACAGGACCCUGGAGAGCGCCCAGGCCAACCUGGCGGGGCUGUUCCCCGAGUCCGCCCCGGGGCGCCCCGAGGCCGCCUGGAGGCCCAUCCCGGUGCACACGGUGCCCGUCGCGGAGGAUAAGCUGCUGAGGUUCCCCACGCGCAGCUGCCCCCGAUACCGCGAGCUGCUGCGGGAGGCGACAGAGGCCACCGAGUACCAGACUGCGCUGGAGGGCUGGACGGACUUUCUUAUUCGCCUGGAGAACUUUACUGGGUUGUCGCUGGUGGGGGAGCCGCUCCGCAAGGCCUGGAAGGUUCUGGACACGCUCAUUUGCCAGGAAGCCCAUGGUCUCCCCCGCCCAGCCUGGGCUUCCCCGGAUGUCCUGCGGACGCUCGCCCAGAUCUCAGCACUGGAUAUCGGGGCCCAUGUAGGCCCGCCCCAUGCGGCAGAGAAGGCCCAGCUGUCAGGGGGGAUCUUGCUGGAUGCCAUCCUCACCAACUUCUCCCGGGUGCAGCGUUUGGGGCUGCCCCUCAAGAUGGUCAUGUACUCGGCCCACGACAGCACCCUGCUGGCCCUCCAGGGUGCCCUGGGCCUCUACGACAGCCACAUGCCACCCUAUGCCGCCUGCCUGGGCUUCGAGUUCCGGAGACGCCAGGGGGACCUGGGGGACCGUGGAGGGAACGUCUCUGUGUCUCUCUUCUAUCGUAACGACUCUGCGGGCCGGCCCCUGCCCCUCAGCCUCCCCGGCUGUCCCAGCCCCUGCCCGCUGGGCCGCUUCCACCAGCUGACUGCCCCGGCCCGGCCGCCGGAGCAUGGCAUUCCCUGCCACAGCCUGCGGGAGCCUGCCAGGCACGCAGCGGCAGCGGUGCCACUGCUGGCUGGGACUGUGGCGGUGCUGGCAGCGCUCAGCCUGGGCCUGGGGGUCCUGGCCUGGAGGCCAGGCUGCUUGCGUGCCUGGGGGGGACCUGUAUGAGCCCCACCUCCACCCCCAGCAGGGUGACACUGGAACACAACAUGCA